UUCAGGUCAUUAUUAUCAACAACAUAGCCUACACAUUAUCAUUAUUUGUGUGAUAAUUUCAGUAAAAACAGUCAUAAUUUUAAAUUGGGGCGACUCAGAAAUGAUUGAUUUUUAAUUUCUCCAUCAUUAAGGGUGCUCAUUUACAGCAAUAUGGUGUUUGUAUAUAUGAGAAUAAAAAUCUGUUUUUAAAUGCUUAUUCGCCUGUGAAUAAUGUGCCAUUUUUGUUCUUUAUUCUCUCAAUCUGAUAUUAUUGAUUUUCCACUUGACAUCUGUUAUAUAUUGUCAUAAUUUGGACAAAAAUAUAAUGAAAUAUGAGCAUAUUUCAGUGAUAGCUUUAUCUAUACCUAUCUCAUUAUAUUAUAAAAUAGAGAAAAUCAUAACACUUGAGCAAUAACAAAUUGUGGUUCAAUUGAGAUUCAAAGGAUCUAUUCGACAAUAAUACACACUUAGAAAAUAUAGGAUUGUGGCGGUCAUUAUCUUCUAGCGACUAUAUGAUCAUAAGAAUACUUGUCAACAAUAUUCAAUCCUCAAUGGCGUCACAAAGGAAAACAAAAUAAAGGAGGUAACACUAUCUUGUUUGGCAAAUAUCUUUGUUGUUAAUUCAUACAAUUUGGUACAAAGAAAACCAAGAGAACAAAAAUACAAGUAUUCAAAAACAAUAGUCGUGCGUAUGGGCGGGCAUCUAGUAACAGACCUUUAAUCACUAAGGUGGAGAAGUUGUGGAUUUUCAUCAUAAGAAGACUACAGGUGCAAACAAGAUGAAUCUUAUUAAAUAAAGGAUAAUUGGCUUAUUCUAUCAUUAUAGCACUGUGUAAAUUGAGUAUAAAACAAUAAAAUUUGGGAAAGCACAAUACUGAGUAUUUCAACGAAUAGGCAAUCAUAUAAAUACAAAUCUUUUCUAUCCUAUGUAUUAGAACCAUAUGUACUUUUUUGUCUUUGACAUAAGUUGUAAUAACAAAAUCUUUAAAUUUAUUUGACAUACCGAAUUAAACCCAUGUUUUACUAAAGCAAAAAUAUAAAAAUUUAAAUACUAAAGCUGUAGUUGAUGUGAAAAGUUAAAUGAAGAUGAGUCGAGCUUUGUCAAGCUACAACCUUACUGGGUAUUGUAAAUAUAGGAUCAAAAUUACACCACAAGGAAAAGCAGAAAAGAAAAAUAAUCUUGUAUUUGUUUAACCAACAGAUUUUAAUUUGAGAAUGUGUAGUAUUACAACCUGAGAAGAGUUUGUUACUCGAGACAUUCUCUCUAUCAGAACAUUGUUUAUGGAUAAACAUUGAUGAUCCAUUCCAAAAUGUCAGAAAAAAAUGAAGAUAGCAAAUGUGAAAAUGACAACAAAGGAUCGAGUUCUGAAAGCGAGAGGAGCACAGCCUUUGAUCCUGAUGUAAUAACAGAAGAUGACAUUGAAAAAAUUUGGCUGAAAAUGAAUCAACAGUCAGCUAAAGAAAAGAAACGAAAGAAGAAGUUGAAUAUUGGAUUGAGUUCUACUGAUACCACGCCUACAACAGACUAUAACAGAAUGUAUAUACCCCUCCAACCAGAAAGUUUGAAAGACGUUUUGAAAUCGAUAAAGAAAAAGCAAAAAUGGACGAAACCUUAAGAAUGAAAAAAGUUAAACCAAAGACAUAUUUAACACAAGUGAUUCUGUAUGAAAAUGUCAGUCAUGAUAGAUUGCUUGAUCAAAAGUUAGGUCAAUUAAAACAUCGACAUAGAGUUAUAGAAAAGAAAAUCAAAAGAAAGCGAGAAUCAUUUGUACAACAAUUGGAGAAUAAACAAAAUGAGUGGACAAAAUUGGAUGCAAGAGUAAUACAAAAGUUUGAGCCAGAGAAUAUGCCAGAUCUCAGUUUCAAGUUUGGUCGGCUUUAUCACAGUGCAAAUUAUCCAUAUCAAGCAGCCAUCAAUGCGUUAAGAGGAAUUCCAUCAGAGAAGUCAAAUCACACAAGAAAACCACAAGUACUUCCCCAAAUUACAAGAAAGAAGAAUAGAAAAGAGAGUAUACCAAGUGAUUCCGAAAGUGGAUCUAGUAAUGUUUUCAUUACAAAACUGCCAAAGAAAAGCUUGGACAAGAAAGAGGAAUCAAUGAAAUCUUCAGAAGAUCCAAAUCCCAAACUUGAAGAAGUGAACACAUCGUGGGAAAAACUGAACGAAAUUCAACCAGCUUUUGGGAGUACAAGACCUAAUGCCAUCAACAAGAAAGAACUUCCACCUGUUAGGGGUAGAAGGCCACAAAAAAUUCCUCCAAUAGAAAAGAAUUGGCUUGAGGAUUCAAGAUAUGUUACACUAACAUCAUUACUUGGUCCAAGAUUCAGUCCAAGCAAGAAAUUUCGAAGGCAUGACUUGCCAUCCGCUAACCUUGCCUGGUGAUAUAGCGACAUGGCCAAGUUAAAAUUGUUUUAAACUAUACUCAAGUAAACUGGUACAUCUCACUAAAAUAUCAUCUAUAAUGAAAAGUAUGCAGACUAAUUUACUAUCACAGAUUAUUAUUGCCAUAUGAUGUUCAGGGAUUAAUUAACCUAAUUUUUAUUGUUUUACUUUUUCACGUUGACAUGAAGUCUGCAUGGAAAAAUCUGUUUUCAGAUAGAAUUAUCAAUAUUGUGAAUUAAUGCAACAUUUUCAAAUGUUGUGAUCAUUCAAAAUACUAUGCCUACAUACACACUACCCACACUAAACCUCUGGUGCAAUCAGUGACAAGAAAGAAAAGGUACUACCUUGCUGAAUAAAAUCGAAAAUAUGGUACAUUUAAAUUUAAAUAUCUAUUCUUCAAAUCGCUGUUCAAAAACUGAAUUCCAUAUUUUAUGGACCAUAAGGCACACUGGCGGACUGUCAAUAAAUUGCUUAAAUUAGGUUUUUAUUCAUACAUAGGGCGCACUAGGCUACAAGACGCAACAGUUCUUACAGCAAAACUGGUACCGCUAUUGAGUGUGGGCAAUAAAGUAUGAAGCACCUCCUAAUCCAUACAUUAGGCGCACCGACUUACAAUCGAAUUUUUAAAAAAAAAUACUUUAAGUGCGCCAUAUGGUCCGUGAAAUACGGUAAGUUUAUUAAGUUUUGGUUCUUGACAUAAGUUUAGUCAUAAGUUACAUUUUUUUUGAUGGUAUAAUGACGUAUAAUGACUAUAAUAAAAUCUUUUACAUUGCAAUAAUUUAACAUCAAUUUAGCAUGUUGCACCAAAAAGUAAUACAUUUCUGAGAUGUUUCACUGAAUAGUAAAAUGAUGCAAUGGUUAUGUUAUCUGAUAUUUCAUAUGAAAAUAUAACAUCUACUUGUUUUAUGAUCAGUUUAUGAUUUAUAUUUAUGAAGUAUCUAUAUCUUUACUUUUCAAAUUCUACAUUUUACAAGUACUAUUUUACUAAAUUGUACCAUUGUACAUUUGUACUAUUUAUUGCAUUUUGAGUUGGAAAUGGGAUUGUCAUUAGACUGCACAGGGCUUCAACCCUAACAUCUCCAAUAUAUGAAGAUUGAAUGAAUAAAUAUAAUUCUCAACUAUAAGCCAUCAACACGUUAUGUGAGGGUUAAGCUCUUCUUUUUACUGAGAUUUUUUAUGUGACUUUCUCAUAAUAGAUUUGUGAUGCUUUUUGUGAUUAUCUAUGUGACUUAUUUUAAUUCAUUUUCCUGUUUUGCAACAGUAAAUUGAACAUUUCUUUAAAAAACAGGGGAUAAAUUAGUCAAAUUUUAUAAUUGAGUAAAUUACAGUAUUACUAUCUGUUUCCUAAUAUUGAAAGCAGAAUUAGUUUAUUAUACAAUGUGUUUUAUGUGGAUCCAAAGUUAACUAAGUGAAGUCAAGUCAUUGGUGCUCAUAUUAUGGAUAUGCUAAAUAAUGUAUAAGUGCUGUCUGAUGACCUGGAACAUGUUCCAAUGGAGCAACAUGAACAACAACUUGCCACCAUAUAUUGAUUACGGUAUGCCUAACUAUACUUGCUCGACGGUGUGGCGCAUCGUGGCGCAAGCGUUCCUCCACCAUGAAGUCCAUGUUUCCAAAAACCAAUAACUGGCUA